GGUCGGGCGGCGGCCGUAGAGCCGCCAUCUUUGGUCCAGUGCGGCGUCGGCGGCGUCGGCGGCGGCUGCUGUGGUGAAGGAGGAGGAGGAGCCGAGCGGUCGCUGGCACCAAGGCCUGACCAUGGAUGAGGAAUACGAUGUGAUCGUGCUGGGGACUGGCCUCACUGAAUGCAUCCUGUCAGGUAUCAUGUCUGUGAAUGGAAAGAAGGUGCUGCACAUGGACCGAAACCCCUACUAUGGGGGCGAGAGCUCUUCUAUCACUCCCUUGGAGGAGCUGUACAAGCGCUUUCAGUUGUUGGAGGGGCCCCCUGAGUCGAUGGGCCGGGGCCGAGACUGGAACGUUGACCUGAUCCCCAAAUUCCUCAUGGCCAAUGGGCAGCUGGUAAAGAUGCUACUGUAUACAGAAGUAACUCGCUACUUGGACUUCAAGGUGGUGGAGGGAAGCUUUGUCUACAAGGGGGGCAAGAUCUACAAAGUGCCAUCCACUGAGACUGAGGCCUUGGCUUCCAAUCUGAUGGGCAUGUUUGAGAAACGGCGUUUCCGCAAGUUCCUGGUGUUUGUGGCAAACUUUGAUGAGAAUGACCCCAAGACCUUUGAGGGUGUUGACCCCCAGACUACCAGCAUGCGUGAUGUCUACCGAAAGUUUGACCUGGGCCAGGAUGUCAUUGACUUCACUGGCCAUGCCCUGGCGCUCUAUCGCACUGAUGACUACCUGGACCAGCCCUGUCUUGAGACCAUCAACCGCAUUAAGUUGUACAGCGAGUCCCUGGCCCGGUAUGGCAAGAGCCCAUAUUUGUACCCACUCUAUGGCCUGGGUGAGCUGCCUCAGGGCUUUGCAAGAUUGAGUGCCAUUUAUGGGGGAACAUAUAUGCUGAACAAACCUGUAGAUGACAUCAUCAUGGAGAAUGGCAAAGUGGUGGGCGUAAAAUCUGAGGGAGAGGUGGCCCGCUGCAAGCAGCUGAUCUGUGACCCCAGCUACAUACCGGACCGUGUGCGGAAGGCUGGCCAGGUUAUCCGCAUCAUCUGUAUCCUUAGCCACCCCAUCAAGAACACCAAUGAUGCCAAUUCCUGCCAAAUCAUCAUCCCCCAGAACCAGGUCAACAGGAAGUCAGACAUCUACGUGUGCAUGAUCUCCUACGCACACAAUGUGGCCGCACAGGGCAAAUACAUCGCCAUUGCCAGCACCACAGUGGAGACUGCAGAGCCUGAAAAGGAGAUUGAGCCAGCAUUGGAACUGCUGGAGCCCAUUGAUCAGAAGUUUGUGGCUAUCAGUGACUUGUAUGAGCCCAUUGAUGAUGGUUCUGAGAGCCAGGUGUUCUGUUCCUGCUCCUAUGAUGCUACCACACACUUUGAGACAACCUGUAAUGACAUCAAAGACAUCUACAAACGCAUGGCUGGCUCUGCAUUUGACUUUGAGAACAUGAAGCGCAAACAGAAUGACGUCUUUGGAGAAGCUGACCAGUGAUUGCCGAACCCCCCUCCCUUAGCCCCUGCUGCCCCCUCCCCCAUCUCUGUUCUCCUCGAGGGCUGGGGAGACAGUAUGGCUGGGCAACCCUGUUUCCAGCAUCCUCUGCUUCCCCCACCACAUUCCCAUCACCCACCUCAUUGAUUCACUGACCAAAUCUUUAACCUUAGUGAUGGUUUGGGAGAUGGGGGUUGGAUAGCAUCCUCUUUCUUGGCCCCUCCUUAUUCUAGGAAAAGAGGGUUCUUCUCCUUGUGUGUGUCCCCCCCCCCCCAUUCUUCUGCUCUGUUCGUGAAGGACAUGGAGGAAAACCUGACUUCUACCCUCACUGCUCUUAACCCCCAUUGUAGUGGCCUUUGGAGAUGCCCCCUGCCUCCCCCCACCAACUCUAGUGUGUUGGAAAGAAGGGGCCCUCCUAGCACAAAAUUGCAUUCCUCCCCUCCCCCAUAAUUUAUUCUAAUUUAUUAACUUCUGUCCCCCUUCCAUCUGAGCCUGAAGCCCUCUGAUGCAGCCUGGGGGCUGUAGAGUAAGCUUCUUCAGCCUCUCCUAGCCCUGGCAAAGCCUAGGGAAGGGGAGAAGGUUUAGGUGUGGCCCCAAUGGAGGGUUGAUCUUGUUGUUUUUAUUCCUUGUCUUUGUGUUCUUUGGUACUUGCUGAGAGAAAAGAAACGUGAGCAAAGCAGAAGGAGGUGGGAAAAUGGAUCCAAACCCCGGUGUGCCCUGCCCCAUGCCUUUCCUUUAGUGGUGGGAAACCCUUAUCUUGCAAAGUGAAUGUGUCCCUUGCCCUAGCCUCUAGUGUAUUUCACAGAAAACAAAACCUCCCAAUAAAACUGUGUUGAAACCUGAACCUGGAUCUUUAGGUUGAAUUCCCAAAAGCUGGGUGCUUGACAGGGCCUUGGCUGUCUGGGUUAGAGCCCAGGCACAGCAACUGGCACCAGGAAUGCAUCUCUCAAAGGUCAGUGCAGGGGAAGCAGGAAAGCUAGCAUCUGGCCUCGGUUGGAGAUCAAGGUACAGAACUAACCUCUGGGUCAAAAUAAGGAGACAGAAAUCAGGGAGCAGCCUUGGGCCUGGCGAAGGGAACACUAGAUCUAGCUUUGGGUAGGAGUCAAGCAACCUAUAGGCGAACAAGUCCGUGGGCCGAUGCCAGACC